AUGGAAAAAGACAAAUUCUACACUGAUCCACGCCGUUUCAUUCAAAAGCGACGAGAGAGCUCAAAGAUAACCACAGAAGCGUUUCGCGAUGUUCGUCAUAAUCGUGUAAUGCCUUGUGUGGAGACCACUAUCUUGUGUGAUGAAAAUAUAUUCUCCGUUUUUGUUUCAAACAAGUUCCAUAAUAAAGAAAAAUAUGCAAAAUCAUAA